GUCGUACGUUCGGUGUGCUCCAUUGCCCUUCCCGCCGUUGCUCGGUCCGUGAUUCCGUGGCUAAAGGAUUAGUGUCGCCGCAGCUCUUCUGUGCGUUCCUGUGUUUGCGUGCUAGACGACCGCGGUUCCCCAGAAGCUUUCGUCAUGAAAGCCCAAAUUGCAGCGCUACUCAUCGUGGCUGUCACCGUCGGCCAGGCUGCCAAGUUCCCCGAUUCCUUUUCGCGCUGCAAUCAAGAGGAUGGCAAAUGUCUGCUCGCUGCCAUCACGGCCACGUUCCGGGGCUUUUACAAGGGACUGCCAGAGAUCGGGCUUGUCCCGCUCGAUCCGCUGCGCAUCGACAAAAUGGACAUCGUUCAGGGCGACGGACCGAUCAAUAUCGAGCUCAACUUCCGGAAAGUGGAUCUUGUCGGAUUCCGGGAGGCGCAGAUCAAAAAAGCAAGUGGAUUUACUGCCAAUCCAACAAAGAUGGAGCUGAAUCUGCUUGUUCCGGUUGCUUCGCUAAUCGGCGGCUACAAGAUCAAUGGCAAAGUGUUGAUCCUUCCAAUCCAAGGGCAAGGAUCCAGCAACAUGACGAUGGUUAACUGUGACAUUACCCUGAAAUGGGUCGGCAAGCUAGUCGACAAGAAUGGAAAACAAUUCUUCCAGGUCGAGAAAUCCAAGGCCAAUUUUGACACGUCGCGGUUCUACAUGGACUUCACGAACUUGUUCAACGGCGAUAAGGCACUAGGCGACAACAUGAACGUGUUCCUGAAUGAAAACUGGCAGGACAUCCUGAAGGAACUGAAGCCCGCCAUCGCUGCCGCCUUCACCAAGAUAUUCGAAGCCGUCGUCUCGAACGUCUUCAACAAGGUGCCGUACAGCGAACUGUAUCUCGCAUAAAGCCACAGAUGUGCCGUUGCCGAGUAUUGUUUAUUUUAAUAAAACCAAACUGUUACA